AUAUUCUGACCUUCUAAUACAUUGAAAACUCAUAGUGACAUUCGUCAUCAUAUGCGAUUGAGCUUUUCUAUGGUAAUGGAGGCGCCUUCAGUUUUGAAGAAUCCAAGUUUGAAUUACCAGAUUAACCAGAAAAGUAGUGACCAUCAACAUCAUCAUCACCAUCAUCAUGCAGCUGGAGAUUCAGAAGAGAUUCUUGAGAAUAUAUGGGCUAGAGUUAUGAUGAGCAGUAAUAAUGGUGGCAUGACAGCAGAAAACGCACCAGAAUUCUCAAAAUCAUGGGAAGGACUUCCAAAUCUAGAUGGAAGGGUUGACUCUAUGGAGAUUCUUCAAAGGCUUCCAAGUUUGGGAAGGUGGAUAUCAAUGGGAGCUGAGGCAUGGGAAGAAAUUUUAGCUGAUUUUCCACAAAACCUUCAUCAUCAUCAUCAUCAAGAUACAUGCAAUAACAAUAACAAUAGCAAUCUGGGAAUUUGCAGAAACUUUGAAUCCAGUUAUAAAAUGGUAGAACAGGAAAAAGAAGAUGUGAGGGCAAAGAAUAAGGAAGGUGAGAUCAGAAGACACUACAGAGGAGUGAGAAGAAGGCCAUGGGGAAAAUAUGCAGCAGAAAUCAGAGACUCAUCAAGGAAUGGAGCUAGGCUUUGGCUUGGGACAUUUGAGACAGCUGAAGAAGCAGCUUUGGCUUAUGAUAAAGCAGCUUUGAGGAUUAGAGGUCCAAAGGCAUAUUUGAAUUUCCCACUUGACACUGUUGCAAAUGCUUUAGGAUUUGACCUCAAAAGGGGAAGUGACAGUACUAAUCCUAAUAAUCCUAUUAUUAUUAGUACCAGCUGUGCUUCUUCAUCAACUUGUGAAGAGGAUUAUUCUGCUUGUGGCCGAUAUGUUGAAAAUUGCAACAAUUCCAGGAAAAGAAGCUUGAGAAAUAUUGAAGAACCUGAAGCUAAUAAAAGGAUGGUGAAUUUGGGGAAUGAAUUAGAUGUUGUUGUGUUUCAGGACUUGGGGACUGAUUAUUUGGAAAGUUUACUAUCUUCUUUUUGACAAAAAGAAAAAAGUCAUCAAAAUUCUUAAGGAAAGUUGUAAUAGGUAGAACUUAUACAUAUAUAUAUAUAUUGAAUCUUUUUAUUACCAAUGACGGACAUUUGUAUCAUCUCUAUUAA